AAUUAGAAAUUUCAGAAGAGACUUCUUCAGAUCUAGCUUGAUCCGGUGAUAAUGGCGCUCGAAUGGGUUGUUUUAGGUUACGCAGCGGCGGCUGAAGCGAUCAUGGUGGUGCUAUUGACGAUGCCAGGACUCGACGGACUCCGCAAGGGAUUAGUCGCCGUCACGCGUAAUCUCCUCAAACCGUUUCUCUCCAUAGUUCCUUUCUGCCUCUUCUUAUUAAUGGACAUCUACUGGAAGUACGAGACGAUGCCUUCGUGCGAAGGCGAUUCCUGCACACCGUCGGAGCAUCUUCGUCACCAGAAAUCCAUGAUGAAAUCCCAGCGAAACGCGCUUCUCAUCGCGGCUGCCCUUGUCUUCUACUGGAUCCUUUACUCAGUGACCAAUUUGGUUGUCAGGAUCGAGCAUCUUAACCAGAGGAUCGAGAGGCUCAGGAACAAGGAUUGAUCGGCUCGUCUUGUCUGUCUCAGGUCCAAUUAGUGUAAUGCCUAUUUGUUGGGUUUUCGAGCGUCUCACCUAAUUUCGUUAGGUUUUCUCUGUUUCAACGUUUCGAAUCUUUGCCUUUUAUCUUUCGUAAAUUGAAGGAUUUGUCAUACUUUUCUUGCUUGGAUUCUUAUUCGUUACCAGAUUGAGAUUGUUAUUCGUUACCAGAUUGACUAUAA